CCCAAAAAGAUUGAGGUCAAUGACGGAAGUAUGCGCACGUGAGGUGACCACGCCCCUCUUUCCAUGCCCUGAAGCAGCGCGCCAUUUUGUUCAUCUUCUGCCUGCAGCGAGCGACUUCAACUUACUCUCGGAAUGUAUGGACAAACUGAACCUCAGGAACUUGGUGUCUAUUUCAAUGGAUGGGCCCAAUGUGAAUUGGAAACUCUUCGACCUUUUCCAGAAAGAUCAAGCUGAGCAGUACGGAGGUCUUCAGCUCGUUUGUGUGGGGAGCUGUGGCCUACACACGCUACACAACUCCUUCAAGUGUGGGUUCACUGUAUGGCAGCUGGACAAAUUGCUGAGAGCAAUGCACACAUUGUUUCACAAUACGCCUGCCAAGAGAGAGGAUUACAUCACCGUAACCAAGUCCAGUGUGUUCCCUCUAUCUUUCUGUGCCCAUCGUUGGGUAGAAAACCUUCCGGUUGUGGAGAGAGCCCUGGCAGUCUGGCCAUCAUUUCUCCUGUACAUGGAAGCUGUGAAAACAAAGAGACUCCCGAACCCUGGAACAGCAUCAUAUGACACAGUUGCAGCAGCCAUAAAGGAUCCACUCGUCUUGGCCAAAUUGCAGUUCUACGCAGCAAUUGCCAGGACCUUCAAUUCCUUCCUGAAAAAAUAUCAGACGGAUGAGCCUGUGCUCCCAUUCCUCCCCAAGGACCUGACCGAGUUGAUGAUGAGUCUACUCAGACGCUUCAUAAAAGUACUACACGAUAUCACUGUCCUGCAGCUGACCAAACUGGAUGUCACAGACAAGACCAUCUGGCUCAGCCCACAAGACAUCAGCAUUGGUCUAGGUGCAGAGUCAGUCCUUUAGAGAAUCAAAGGUGCAGAGCUCAGGGUGCUCGAGUUCAAGAGAGAGUGCAUGCAUGGACUGAGUAACAUGAUCAAGAAAUUGCAG